AUGAUCCCUCAUCGGAGCACGGCUCUCAUUACCAUCGUCGUCUUUGUCGCCCUUGUCUUGGUUAUCUUCUCCUCCUCUCCAGUAACCGACCCAUCGACUGGCGAAGAAGUCUCCGGUCCGGCCAAAUAUGUCCCUCACCCGAAACUUCCUUCGUUAAAUAACCUGCAUCUGCCAUCGUUUCACCCGACAGUGCAUACCCCUCCGGAACCGCAACCCAACAGCACCAGCGGCGAGUCCAAGUGGUUCAGCGACUGGUCGUGGAUCAACCCUUUUUCGUCAUCUAUCACCCUCGAUGAAAACCGUUCCGUCCUCCCUCCUCUUAGAAAUCGCCCAUUCAUCUACACGUACUACGAGCCCAACAAAGGAAACGACCGGGAGGAGGAUAAUGCGGACGCGCAGCUGCUUCUCGCCUGGCGCAGGGCUUGGUUUGCGCAGGGUUUCCGCCCCGUCAUUCUUGGCCCUGGGGAAGCCAUGAACAAUCAGCUUUACGAGCUUGUCCAGCCAUUGAGUCUGAAGCCGGAGCUUGAAAGUGAGCUGUUCCGGUGGCUAGCCUGGGGUCACAUGGGUGAUGGUAUGCUUGCGGAUUGGCACUGCUUCCCCAUGGCUCGAUACGAUAAUGCUCUUCUCACUUAUCUGCGUCGGGGCACUGAUCCCUCCCUUAUCACCCGCUUCGAUGGCUUCGGGAAUGCUUUAUUCUCUGGAGAGAAGUCGCGUAUCAACGAUGCAAUCAAGGAAGCUAUGAACAAGGUGGAUGACAAGUCCACCUCUCUGAUCGAUCUUCUCCCGACCGAGUUCUUCAAGGUGGAAGAGCCUAGCGCUUUGGCUCUGUAUGACUCGGCUGCCAUUACUAGCCACUACCCUACGGUUGCUGAGAGGAUUGUCUCUUCGCCUACUGCUGGGCGAUUGGCCUUGGCUGAGUUGAUCAAUGCCCACUUGCACAACACUUUCCAAAAUUCCUUCCCUGCAGGCGUUGCUGUCUUGAAACCAUUUCCCGAGCAUACUACGGCUCUGGUGGAACCGGCCCUACGGCUUGCCAAAGCCCUGGUGCAAUGUCCUAGUUCUCCCGUUCCCCGCUCGUGCCCUCCGAACUCGCCAAAAUGUCAUCCCUGCGAUGCUGAAAAGCCCAUGCAGAUCAGCCAGCCAGCGACCUACAGGAAUACGACCCAAGUUUUCACGAUCGGGACUCUACCUCAUCCUUUUACCCUCAUUAGUCUGCAGCAGGAUUCCACCGAGGUCACAACGCGGCACAUUCGCCGCGAGACAGACCGUGAUGUAUGGUUGGCCGAAGUGACCAAAGAGCACCUCGGUACUGACAUCGGCGGUUCCGCGAGAGCUGUUGUGUUUAAGAGAGCCGUUGCCGAUGACGCCGUUGUAGGCACCUCGCUAUGGAUGACUGUCGAGUCGCUGCCUCCUCAGGCCGGGCAGUCUCUCCCGUCAGAGCUCUUGGACGAGUUUGAGUGGCAGUUUGGUUUCAAGAUCCCUCGUGAUGGCAAGGUCGAUGCAAAGAAUGAAGAAGAGAAGAAGGAAUCCGUCCAACAGGCCAACCCGAGUGAGCAAGGUGUUGAGAAGGAGUACGGAAUCCUGAAACAGGCACGAGAGUACCUGAAGGGCAAAGAUACCAACCGAAUUGGUAUUACUGAUGUGGCAGAGGCCUGGAACUUGGCAGACACGGAAGUCUGGCGGUUCGUGAGAGCAUACCGUGCGCGCAGCGUCGUAGAACGCAAGAAAUGGGAGGAAGAAGAAAAGGACUUCAUUGGAGCCAAGCCAAAAAGUACUCACCACUAG